GAUAAACAUACAAGUCGCGGAGCAGCAGAACACGCGAGGGCGCACGCACUCUCUCUAACGGAACAGAUAAGAUCCUGUCCGUCCGUUCAUACCAUAAUCUCUCUCGUCUCCUCUCCUCUUCUUAUCGCGCGCAGGGGCAAGCUCGUCAUUCUCGGUCUGAAGAUGAGUACAUUAGAUGCAACCAGAGCAGAGCUUGCUCUUUUGGUUCUAUAUUUGAACAAAGCUGAAGCUAGGGAUAAGAUAUGCAGAGCUAUACAAUACGGUUCGAAGUUCUUGAGCAAUGGAGAACCUGGUACAGCUCAAAAUGUUGACAAAUCGACUAGUUUGGCACGCAAAGUUUUCCGUCUUCUCAAGUUUGUGAAUGAUUUGCAUGGACUUAUUAGUCCACCUGUUCAAGGAACUCCUCUUCCACUCAUUUUACUUGGAAAGUCGAAAAAUGCACUGCUGUCGACUUUCUUGCUUCUGGAUCAAGUUGUCUGGGCUGGGAGAAGUGGCAUCUACAAGAACAAAGAACGCACGGAGCUAAUUGGUAGGAUAUCUCUUUUCUGUUGGAUGGGUUCUUCAGCAUGCGCCACCUUGAUUGAGCUUGCGGAGCUUGGAAGAUUGUCUGCAUCAAUGAAAAAGCUGGAGAAGGAUCUUAAGCACACCAACAAAUAUCAAGAUGACCAAUACCUGAACAAGGUCAAACAGUCAAAUGAGAGGUUGUUAGGUCUGGUUAAAGCAUCGAUGGAUAUAGUCGUUGCAGUGGGGCUGCUGCAACUAGCACCCAAGAAAGUCACUCCUCGUGUAACAGGAGCCUUUGGAUUUAUAACCUCACUCAUCUCUUGUUAUCAGUUGCUUCCGUCCCCGCCAAAAGCCAAGGCUCUAUGAAGGAUGGAGCUGUUUUUAUUUUAUUUUUCCUAUGGAUGCAUGCUGGCAAUAAUUCUCUAGAUGUUGGUGUAUGUUUAUUCACAUAUCCUUGGAUUGGUUAGACAUUCUAGUUUCAACUACUUGAUGUACGAGCAUGACUGAAUCUGCUCUGUCUUAAUAAUGUAGUAAUGAUACCGAAUUUAGUA